AUGAACGGCACUCCCCGCCUUCCGUCUGCUUUCCCCCAGACGCCCACGACGAUUCCGAGGAGGAGAUUGUUUCAGACUCCCUCACGCUCGCAGCCUCGUGAGCUGCCCGAACCCAGACCAACUCCCAGAUCCCCGGCCAAGGUAGCGCAGCCACCGACCAACCCCAACGCAAACGCGCCGCUCGUCCCUGCCGACGUAAUCGAUGCGCCCACACAACGUCUCUACGUGGUAGCCUUCUACCUGGCCCUCAACGCGUAUCGGAUCUACGAAUCAUGGAAUGCCUCUGAUGAGCUGGACUCGACAUGGCUGUUCCUGAAAUGGGUGACGUUGGAUGGGGUCUUUUUGUUUGGAUUGCAAGCUCUGCGCAUCCCAUGGCUGGAAUGGGCUUUUCCGACGACCCUUGCGCUCUUUUUGCUGCAUGUCGUCGGGAAUAUUUUUCUUAUGUUUCGAAUUCCCAUCCCCUUGGGCGCGUGGCUCGGUGGAAUGGUCAAGGUGGCAUACGAUCGCGAGCUGUCUAUCUCUGAGCGCAAGGUCAAGCCUGGAGACAUUAUUCACAAUGCAUCAUUGAUUCUGGGAAAACAAAUUGUUCACAUUUUACCUGAAGGGUCUGCCGUGCUCAAUCCCGAACGAGAGCCCCUGUGCUUGGACUCGCAGAAGACAAGCGUCUACCUUCCCAUUCGAGUGAAUCAGACCGACCCCAUCUUGAUCGAAAUUUUGCGCCUCGACCUGCACACGGGUGAAAAUGAAACUUUGACGAUUCCGGCCAAGCAGCUCAAACAACUCAAGCGCCAAGCUGAUAAAAGACAUGCCGCCCUGGAUCCUGUUCCCCACCGCGACCUGCACUUCCCAGUGCGCAAAACAGGUGUCUAUCGCCUACAGCGGGUCGUGGACGAAUCACAGUUGGAUGUUCGCACGCGGACCUCGGAUGCCUUGGUCGUCAGUUGCCCUCACGCGCUGAUUAAGAACUCGUACACGGACAAGUGCCGGGGAGAGCUGUCGAAUAUUCUUCUCGAGGUUGAGGGCACGCCGCCAUUGAAGAUCAAGUACAGCCGAGAGGUGAACUUCCAUGACCGUGGAGUGUCUGUUCAGAACGUGCAGCCUGACAACCUGCGCACUCCAUUGCUGAACCAGAAGCAAACGGGUGCGCUUUUCAGCAUCAAUCAGCCCGAUGUCUCUUGGGCUCAAAGUCAGAAGAUCAGUGUUCCCUUGAACGAAUCUUUGAAUGUCCAUGGGGAUUGGUUCUACGCCAUUGAGGAAGUUCAUGAUGCCCUGGGUAAUAUCGCUAAUUACUCCUCGAUUUUUGAAGAUGGAGAGCGGCCGUCUACCAAGUCAUCUUCCCAGUGGCAUCAGUUGGUCAUCCACGAGCGUCCACUGGUUUCGUUGGUCGGAUGUAACGAGCAGCGUCCUCUCGAGGUCGCCCGUGGGGACAGCGCCAACUUGCCAAUCGGGUUCCAAAAGACUGGCAAACCUUAUGAUCGCGACGGUCCCUUCACUGUGACUUAUUCUUUCAAUCCCAACAGUGCUGAGCAAAAGGGCAACGGUCCUCAGGACUCCACUACUGUGGUUCUGAAGACUCUUGACCAGCAAACUCCCAUCAAGGAACCUGGCUGGUACACACUGACUUCUGUCUCAAGUCAUUACUGCCCAGGAGAAGUCAUGGAGCCUUCCUCGUGCAACCUUCGCAAUCCUCCGGAGCCCGAGCUGUCUAUCAAGACUGAGAAGGUUUUCGAUCGAUGUGCCAAUAACGCAGUGGGCCUUCUCGUCGAUUUGGACUUGACAGGAUCACCGCCUUUCCGGGUCAGAUAUAGCAUCGAGGGUCCGAAGGGAGUGCAGACACAGACGAAGACCGUCGAUGGCCUUCGAUCCCAGCUUGACUUCACGCCAUCAGAGGCCGGUUUCUACAGAUACCGCUUCCUGGAUGUGGAAGACUCUAUCUACUCUCCUCGUUCCCUCAAGGAUAAGGUGCCGAUUCUCGAGCAGGAUGUCAAACCGCCUGCAUCGGCCCACUUCCUCGGCUCUCGGGAUGUUCGCAAGGCUUGCUUUGGCGAAUCGAUCUCGGUGGAUCUGGCAUUCCUGGGAGAGGCUCCAUGGACCCUUCAAUAUGAGCUUGUCCACAAUGGGAAGCGAACCAGGUACACGUUGGAAUCUGAGACUGAUGUUGCCACGAUCACCACUGACAAGCUGGUGAGCGGCGGUGAGUAUCGCCUUGCGCUUACCAGCGUCAAGGACAAAUCCAACUGCAAACGCAAUCUCAAGGACAGCAUUAAGAUCAAUGCUCGUUCCAAGCCUCCCCAUGUUGCAUUUGGCCAGAUCGACAAGAAGCGAACUGUUUCUGCGCUGGCAGGAUCCCGAAUUGAGAUUCCUCUGCGUUUCAGUGGCGAAAAGCCUUGGACUAUGAAGUACAAGAAUGUGGAUACGAGCACGUCGCCUUUGACCAAAACCUUUUGGAACGAGAACAGCAAUCUCGUGGUCGACCGCGAAGGUCUCUACGAGCUCCUUGAAAUUUACGAUAAUUCCUGCUCCGGAUUCGUGGACCAAUCUGCCAAGGAGUUCGAAGUUUCCUGGAUUCCUCGUCCCAAAAUCAUCAGCGUGGAUGGUUCACCCGUGGUAAAGGGUGAGUAUACCAAGCCUGAGGUUUGUCAAGGUGACGACGACAGUUUGGAGCUUCGCUUGUCGGGCAGCCCUCCCUUCAGUCUUCAAUAUGAGCAACGACGCAAGUCCGAGCGUGGACAGGCGUCUACGCGCGCCAAGACGAUCAAAACUGCCCUCAACUCCGCUUCCAUGGAAAUGGACACUUCCGAGCCGGGUCAAUACACCUACAAGUUCUCUGAAGUGGGCGAUAAUCUCUAUGACUAUGAUCCUAGAAGCAGCGGUCUGGUGGUGACUCAGAAGGUCAACUCGCUGCCAUCUGCCAAAUUUGAUUCUCCUGGCCACAUCUAUGGCUUCUGCAAGGAAGACGCGACCGGCGAGGAGACGGUACCCAUCACACUGGAGGGCGUUCCCCCAUUCUCGCUAGAGAUCGUCAUCAAACAUCACUCCAACGCCAAACCAGAGAUCGUCACCAUUCCCAACAUCAACUCCAAUCACCACAAACUGGCCCUCCCCCGCCGACACCUUGAUUUGGGCCAGCAUGUCGUCAGCAUUCACAAGGUUCGCGACUCCCGAGGAUGUCAAAGGACUACCGAGUUUGAUGCCUCAUCUGUUCGUGUCGCUGUUUCGGACGUCCCGACGAUCAUUCCCCUCGAGUCCAAGGUCGACUACUGUGUCGGCGAGCGCUUGUCAUUUUCUCUCUCAGGCCAUGCACCUUUCGAGGUCUUCUAUACCUUCAAUGGAGUGCAACGAAAGGCUUCGUCUCCAAACACCAACUUCCGUCGAAUUGCCGAACGCCCCGGCCAGUUUACUAUUACUGCUGUUGGGGACUCCGCUAGCGGUAAAUGCAAGGCGCACAAGGAUAUCACCAAGGUCAUUCACGAGAUGCCUAGUGUGCGCAUCAGCCAGGGACAAGUGUCUGUGGUCGACAUCCAUGAGGGUGGAGAGGCCGAACUCAACUUUGAGUUCUGGGGCACACCACCGUUUGAAUUCACCUACAUUCGCAGCACCAAUGCCCGCAGGGGCAAAAAGCCAGAGGUUCUUGAUAUCAAGCAUGACAUCUCAUAUGAGCACAAAAAAGCAAUCAAGACCUCCGACGAAGGCACUUAUGAGGUCGUUGCUAUCAAGGACAAGUACUGUUCGUUCUCGUCCCAGAUGCCAACGGGCAAGUCAGAUCGGAGCAGUUCAUAA